CUGCUCACAUCAUCGCCAAGUGAGGUUUCGAUUCAAUAUCCAUCCCCCAGCCCUGCACCCAGUCCAUGACGAGCCCCGGCGUGGCUGACGCUCCCAGUGAGGCCGUCAGGCCUUAUGACUUCACCAACUUUGACCGGCUCCUUGAGGACUACACACUCUGUGCUGAGUGGGCCCGACAGCAUCAGGCAGCCAUUCGCCGAGAUCAACAGCGGCGGCGUGAGCUGGAGAUCACGCUUUCCCGGAAGGACGAUGAGAUUCAGCAUCUGCGCUCGACCGUGAAUGAGCUGCAGACCACGGUUGCUUCCAAGGAAGACGUCAUCCGCAGACUCAACCUGCAGCUCCAGAAGCUCAUUGAGCACAACACCAAUAUCAUCAAGUUUACGUCGCAUAUGCUCGAGUCCACGCUGCCGGUCGAUGCUGUCCCUUCUGGAGCACUCGGGACAACGAGACACGUCCGCGACCUUGGGGCACUGUCGACUACCGAGAACCCUCGCAACAGCAUCCCAGUGAUCUUCAAGGAUCUGCCCAGCCGGCCCUCCGUUGGGCGACCCAGCGAAGAAGACGAUCUUGGCAACCGUCCCUCCGAGCAGCCCCACGCAAGCACCAUCGUUCCCACAUCCAUCCACAAUCUACCACGGCGGCGACACGAAUCGCCUCCUCGUUUUGAUGUCUCGACACCAAAGAGCCAGCCCGAGCCUCUGUCUUCCAAGUCUCUCGAAACCAAAUCUACGGCACGGGGUGAUCAAUCCACCUGGGCUCAUAAACCAGUCGCCCAAAUCCAUUCAUCGAAUGGGAAACGAUCGCAACCUUCAUCGAGUGGACAAGGACUCGCCGACUCCCCUGCUCGGCAGCCGUGUUCCUGUCAAAAGCCAAGUCAUCGGCGACAAGUCCAUGUGUCGCGACGACCAGAGGGACUGAAGCCCUCUGCACUGCGCAAGCCUGCUCGAUUGCCACAUUCUCUUGCAUCAGUCGCAUCCGCCGAUGGGAAGCAAGCGUCGGGUUCGCUGCUCCAAAGUGGCGUGCAGGACAAGCACGCCGAUCGGAUCUCUCCGCCUCCAUCUGAAAGCAUCACCCCAGACCGGGUCCAGAAUCUUCAAGCAACGAGCAAUGGACCCGCAGCACUUGCAGGUCAAUCUCAACACAGCACCACCGAAUCUGCCGCAGAGCAGUGUGCCCCCUUUGACCAAGAAUCCAACGGCCCAAAUGGAGUUGUGUCCGGAGGGACCGACCAUCCGCCUCGUUCUCUUGGUCCAAAGGUCCGUGCUCCUGCAGACACCGUUCCAGUCCAGCCACAGCUCAGUCCAUUAUUGAGCGAGCGCAUCGAGCCCGAUCCAGCUGCUCAGCCAUCUCAAGAUAAGCAGAAGGUUAUCGCCGCCCUGUCGAGCGAGUUUGCCUCGGAGGCUGAGCUUCUCGCAGACAUGCUUCUCAAAGCAACAAUGAGCAAUGCGGACCCGGCUGCCGAUGGUGAUGUCGAGAGCCUGGAGAUGCUCCAGGAAAGCGGGGGCAUGCUUAUCGACUGUAGACUCUUGCUCUCUGCGCUACAAGCAUCCAGCCAGCUCAGCACUAAAACAGGCAGUCCGCUUCCUGAUCUCCAUCUGGAGAGCGGCAAGCUCAACGUAAGAGCCGACAAUCAGCGUUCUCGAUCCGCAAAGCGCAAGCAACGCCUUGGGAAUGUACACACAACCGCAGAGGCCGACAGCACAACACAGCCAUCUGAGCCGAUCCAGCCGGUACAGCGCAGAAGCAGCAACGAGACCACCGAUGAUAUCAGCGACAAGAUCAGCGACAGAAUCAAUCUUGCUCGUGACUCCUCGGAGUGCAGCACCGUCGACCCCGGUGUGGCACUCGAUCCAUAUCCGCGCCCCGACGAGGCAACCCCAAGCGAUGGGCCGCUUCCGUGUCCCGAGGAAUCCUUUUCAAGCGACUCUCCCUUGAGCGAUAUCAUCGAAGGCGAGCUGUUUCCGCCAGAAGUCAUAAUUGAUGCUGAGCACUGUCAGUCUGGGCCGCAGACCAAGUCCGAUAGCUAUCCUCGUUGGCUCGACAACUACCGGCCCUUCACCAGCAACACAGCCCCAGGUCUCCUAAGCUGUCCAGACACCUUUCUUGGCGAAAAGCAGACUCACCGUGCGGCCGAGACGACGCCAUCGCUGCUCGCCGAAGCAGGGGCCCGGCUGGAUACGCUACCGGAACACAUCGAUCCGACAAAAAUCAUCGAUUCCCCUGCCCUGCUGUCGAGCUCUGAGGAGCAGCGUGCUGCCUUGGCGCCACACACAGAUGUCGAGAAUAUCCUUGCAACCCUGCGGGCGAUCACCGGUGCCGUGAUGGAGCUUCAUCCCGAAAACGGAGCCGCUCCGGCCAUACUGGCGCAUCCUGAAAAAGCCAAUACGUGUGAGCACGAGAACUGCGAGCAUCCAGUCAAGCCGCGAGUCGACAAGCAGAAGCUCUCCCUCCGUGCAACACGAGCAGUGAUGCCCCUCUCUGAGCUGGAUGCAACCCUGAUGACCUACACGCCGGCCCCACCUGUUCCGUUUUCAGCAGCCUCGCGCAUCUGGCUCAAGCCGCUCUCGGACUUUGACCAUGAGGCAUGGGAAAAGCACUACGUCGAAGGAGUCGAGGCCAAGCUCCGCGAUGGCGAGAUCUGGGUCGACCACACCCACUUUGUCGACAAGGACGGAGAAUAUCUGCUUCGAAGCGGAGACUUUGUCGUGUUCCUGACUCGGGCAGGCAUGACCGAGAACGGCAACUGGUCUGGGAACAUUGUUGUCGCCACAGCCAUCCGCGAAGUCAAGAACCAUCGGUGUCGAAUGCUGCGCCGCAACAUGCGGGUCGUGUUCUUUCGUCUCUUGAUUGUGAAGGAGCGAGUGUCCCUGAGCAAGGGCGAGUACGAUCUAUCCAACUUCAGCUUGCCGUGGAUGACGCCGCUGGACCAGCUAUUGUUCUCGCAGAUAAUGCGGUAAGUCCCGACGUCCGUGCGAGGGGCACUGCUCGCGGAGAUGCCAUUUUGGCCGACGGAGGAGCAGCGAGGAAGCAGCUCGAGGGAUAAGCCCAGCAGCAGCCAAUUCGAGUCAGGGCGUGCGUCAAAGCCGUGCGAUGAAUGCGGCGCUUUUU